GUGUGUGUGUGUGUGUGUGUGUGUGUGUGUGUGUGUGUGUGUGUGUGUGUGUGCGCACUGUAUGCAGUAGAGGCGCGCGCGCAGACCCAUAUGGCGUUCUGUCUCGUGGCGACGUUUCCGCACGCGCGCUGAACACCGAAGCCUCUGGAUUGUAUUUACAUUCUGGAAAUUUGGGGGAAACAGGACAGAGGACCAGUGAGGCAUCUUUUGUGUGUGUGUGUGUGUGUGUGUGUGUGUGUGUGUGUGUAGACAUGAUGGAGAGUUGCCCCGCAUGGCACUGAGACGGAGGCGCGCGCAGGAAUAAUCUCCUUCACGGUGAUUUCAUUAUUUUAGGGAAAAAUCUGGGAGAAUCUCAGCAUGACCUCUGUGAGUGGGAAUAAGGAGAGGAGCAGCAGGAACCGGAAACACACGAUGACAGAUUGUUCUCCAACUAAAUCAGCCUCGUUCUCUCCGGACUCAUGGUACCGUAAAGCGUGUGAGGAGUCUCGCUCUGGGUUCCGCCCGGUUCCUGAGGGAGCUCGCUCUGUUCCUGGUUCAUCAGGUGCCCCUUCUCCUGGCUCUGGAACCUCUUCCCCAGGUUCUUUCACCAGCUCUCCAGGCACCGUGUCUCCAGGGAUUGGGACAAGUUCACCAGGUUCUCUGGGAGGUUCUCCAGGGUUCGGUACAGGUUCUCCAGCCUCGGGCAGUGGUAGUUCUCCGGGUUCUGAGAGAGGAACAUGGUGUGAUACCUGCACCAGCCGCUUGGCAGAGCUGAAACGGCAAGCAGCCAAAUUGCUCCUUCCAGGACCUUAUUCCUCCAAGGUAGCAUUUAAAACACACCUUUAUCUUGUCAUAGCGGCUCAAAAACUAAACCUGUCCUCUAAAAAGAAGAAGCAGAAGCCGACGCCCACUGCUCCAUUGACCACGCCCCUUUUCCCAACAAACUUCAGUGGAAUCCUGCAGGUCACGUCUCCACCAGCCCCACCCUGUCUGCUCAGAGCUGUCAGUAAAGUGAGAGAUAAUCCAGGACUCGGCAAGGUGACUAUCAUUUAG